CAAAGCAUAGUGGCAGAACACUGCUAAAGUGGCAACCACAAACACCAUCAUCUUCCUUAAGUCCAAUCAUUAUGGACCCUAUCUUUCACUUUCCUCUCUUCUUCUUCCACCACCGUCGUCAAUGGCGAAUCUCCCACAAGUUCUUGUUCUCGGUCCUCCUAUUAGCUUCCCAUUCACCCAAUCCCUUUGCUCUCACAAGUUCAGCUUCCUUAACCCCAACACCUCUUCUCUCCCACUGCACCAAUUUCUCACGGCCGACAACCGUGACCCUUCAUCCGUUCGCGCCAUUCUCAGCUGCACCACCGCUCCCGUCACCGCCAAGCUCCUAGACCUUCUUCCUUUCGUCGGCCUCGUCCUCACCACCAGCGUCGGAUUGAACCACAUUGACUUAGCCGAGUGCCACCGCCGUGGAAUCCAGAUCGCCGGUGCCGGGAAUUUGUACUCGGAGGAUGUUGCGGAUAUGGCGGUAGGUUUGCUUAUAGACGUUGGCUCUAAAAUUUCGGCGGCCAAUCGGCGCAUACGGUAUCGGGACGGAUUCAGGUCGGGUGCGUUCCAAUUUCCUACAGGCUUCAAGCUGAGAGGCAAGCGAGUCGGGAUCGUAGGCCUCGGAAACAUAGUCUCAGAAACAGCAAAACGGCUCGAAGCUUUCGGUUGCAUCAUAUCGUACACCUCAAAGAACAAGAAGCCACUUGUGUCAUACCCUUUCUAUCAAAACAUCUUGGAGCUUGCUUCUGCAAGUGACGUGCUUGUUCUCUGCUGUGCACUGAACGAACAAACAAGGCAUAUGGUGAACAGGGAAGUGAUGAUGGCCUUGGGAAGAGAAGGAAUCAUUGUGAACAUUGGAAGAGGAAGUCUGAUAGAUGAGAAAGAAUUGGUUAAGAGUUUAGUGAAACGAGAGAUUGGAGGAGCUGGUUUGGAUGUGUUUGAGAAAGAGCCUCAUGUUCCUCGAGAGCUUUUUGAAUUGGACAAUGUAGUUUUUUCUCCUCAUGCUGCUGUGCACACUUCAGAAUCUAUAAUGGGAGUUUCUGAACUAAUGGCUGCCAAUAUGGAUGCUUUCUUCUCAAGUAAGCCUCUACUUUCACCAGCCGGGCUGUACUUUCACCAGCCGGGGUAGAUUAUUUGAAUUGAUCUACCGAUUCGUGAACUUAUGUCUUAAGACUUGCAUAAUGAGAAGAAAAAUGAAUACAUUCAUGGAUGAUUAUACU